AUGCCUGCCACCACGGCGGACACCCUUUCCCUCGUCACGCGGACCGUCACUGUUGCCCCGUUAGUGCUCCUGUCAGUUGCAGAUCAUUAUGGUCGCUCGGCCAAGGGAACUCGCAAGCGUGUGGUGGGAGUAUUGCUAGGAGAGAACUCGGGUCAAAAUGUUCGGGUAUCAAACAGCUUCGCGGUUCCUUUUGAGGAGGAUGAAAAGGAUCCCUCAGUGUGGUUCUUAGAUCAUAAUUUUGUCGAAUCGAUGAGAGACAUGUUCAAGAAGAUUAACGCUCGUGAAAAGCUCAUUGGAUGGUAUCAUUCGGGCCCGAAGCUACGGGCCUCUGACCUAGAAAUUAACGAGCUAUUCAAACGAUACACUCCUAAUCCUCUAUUGGUGAUUAUCGAUGUCCAACCAAAGGAGGUCGGCGUGCCGACAGAUGCCUACUUUGCCGUGGACGAGAUCAAAGAUGAUGGUACCACCACUUCCAAGACCUUCGUUCACACUCCAUCCAUAAUCGAAGCAGAAGAAGCGGAGGAGAUCGGUGUUGAACACCUUCUACGAGACAUUAGGGAUGUCGCUGUCGGUACCCUCUCCACUCGCAUAACGUCGCAGCUGCAGUCCUUGCAGGGCCUUCAUCUACGCCUGCGGGACAUUGGGCAGUAUCUCCAGAAAGUCCUCGAUCAUGAGCUUCCCGUGAAUCAUGCAAUACUGGGGAAUCUUCAGGAUGUCUUCAACCUCCUUCCCAACCUAUCGACCCCACCAGCGACACCACGCCUCAGUGGGUCGGAACAGCAGUCGGAGAACAGCGAACUGGCGCGUGCCAUGAGUAUAAAGACCAACGAUCAAUUAAUGGCCAUCUACCUGAGCAGUUUGAUCCGCGCCAUUACUGCCUUCCACGACUUGAUCGAGAACAAGAUUCAGAAUCGACAACAGCAAGAAGAAAAUGAGCUCAAGAGGGAACAGGAAACCAAUGCUGCUAAGGGUGAAAAGGAGGCGAAAAAGGUGAACGGAGCCAUGAACGGUGAGCAAAAAGAAGAACUAGAUGGAUCCAAGGAAAAAUACAAGAAGAAGGGCCAAUGA